UCAGCAUAGUUGUAGAUGGCUCCUGGAAAAAGACCACGUCCACCUAUCAUACCUAAGCAGUUAGAGGAUAAUGUGAAUGCAGCACAUAAGAUGACAAAGAAUGACAUUCAAAGACUUAGUACUGAUCAACUCAGCCAAGGUCAAGAAGGUAUUCCUCCGUUAGUGCAAACUAGUGGGACAUGUAGGAGGUUAAACACCAACCUCACAGUGGAAAUGAUUUUUGACACAGCACAAAAGAGGACACGAAGUGGAAGGAUUAUAGGUACAAGUCCAAUCAAGGAAGCUAAUAGAACUCCUCCAAAUGUGCAAGUUGAUGUUGCUCAUACUAGCCUCAACAGAAACUCCACAACACGUAAGAUGACUGAUAAUGAUAGCAAGAGAGGAGGCAUAGACCGACAACUUCAAGGUGUUGGGAAUCUAGAGAACACUACAACUAAUGCGACAUUGCAAGCCAAUGGAACACAUAGUAGGCAUCAAAACAACUCCACAUCUCGAAGGAUGACUCGUAGUCACAGUCGGAUAGUUGGUAUAGAUGAACUCAUGCGGGGUUUUGGGAAUGUAGAGGACACCAUAGCCCUGCAAUAA